AUGUUAGCCAACGACCUUCUUUCGUAUUCGAUCAUGCAAAAUGGCGAGAAAGCAGUGGUGCAUGCCUUGCCGCACUAUGCAUCUUUAACGAAUACCAAGCCCCAGGCGGUCAGGUUGCCGCCAAUAAAUAGCUACGUGAGCCUCACGGAAAACAACCUCAAUCUGCUCAACUCUUUCUUACACAAACUGUCUACUUCAGGGAGCACCCCUCCAUCUUUGACUCUGCUGUCGUUGGUUCUGGAGCUGCCGUUUGGGUCGCCGCGCAUUGAUCAUUCCACGUUCAGUGACAUCAAUGAUCGCUACAGUAUCGAUAACUUGCCCAUUUCUAUACACACGCAUUCGAUUUCCGAUGUGCCCUCUGCGGCCCUGAAGAAGCGUCGCCAACGGUUGGGGCCUUCAUGUGACAAUUGCCGGUCAAGAAAAGUGAAGUGUAACGCAGACGUUGUGAUGAUCAGUCGCCACUUUACAGGCGAAUGCAACGACGACCAAAAAAACGAGGCCGAGGAUGCCGAGGAAUAUUUCCUGCUAUCGCCCGAGCAAAAGCAACGUCUUCUUGCGGGAGAGCCCGUUCACAUAGACUCGAACUACGUGUUGGUGCUUUCCAAUUUCAAGCUCAUUAAGUAUAAGCCAUGCAUGUCAUGUGCAGGCAAAGGGCUUGCAUGUUGUUUCUCCAAAGGUUUUACCAAAGAGGACAUUGUUCACAGCAAACGCCAAUCGGGCGCAGAUGAGACGACGCAGUCAAAAUGUGACAGAAAGCACACAGCGCCGCUGAGAGUUCAAAAGAGACCGCUUCUGGAGGCUGGCUCCUCUGGAGGCUUCCAGAAGCUCAGUACUCGGAAAAGCUCUUGCGGAGCCUGUCGCAAGAGAAAGGUGAAGUGUGUUGUUUUGCCCCACGGCAAGUGUGUGGGGUGUGCCAAAAAAGACAUUGCGUGCACAUUUUGA